GCAUUUACCGCCCAGUCCCCGCCGCCCACCCGCCAGUGUCGCCCCGAGACCCGCCAUGCCCGCCGACUUCAGCGGCACCUGGAACCUGCUCAGCAGCGAGAACUUGGAGGGCUACAUGGUGGCCCUAGGUAUUGACUUUGCCACUCGUAAGAUAGCCAAGAUGCUGAAGCCACAGAAAGUGAUCAAGCAAAAUGGAGAUUCUUUUACCAUCCACACGUACAGUAGUCUAAGGAACUACUCUGUUACAUUCAAAGUUGGAGAAGAAUUUGAUGAGGAUACCAAAGGCCUGGAUAACAGGAAAUGCAAGAGCUUGGUCACCUGGGACAAUGACAGACUCACUUGUGUGCAGAAGGGGGAAAAGAAGAACAGAGGCUGGAUCCACUGGAUUGAAGGGGACCUACUCCACCUGGAAAUGUUCUGUGAAGGCCAAGUGUGCAAACAGACAUUCCAGAGAGCUUGAUCUGUAUCCAGCCACAGAGCCCCCAUGUACUGCUGCUGCUCAGUACUGAAUUAUAUCCCAGGUGAACAAAUGUUGAUGAUCUGAAUUAUAUUGCAGAUGUCCUGGUUUGGGACGGGCCUUGGUGGGAGAGAUGUCACACAGCCUGUGCCAAGAACCAUCUGGAUUGUGAGAAAAUUUCUCAGCUUCAAUAAACUUGUCCAGUGAUUCUGA